GAGAGAGCAGAGCAAGAGAGCUGUUUUCAGCAGGUACCAGCGCUACCAGCCCAGGGGCUGAGCAUCCACAUCCCACCGGCCCCUGUGCCCAGAAUGGCCUGUCCUGAGAGCCCGAGACAGCUCCAGCCCAUCUCUGCGGGAGCCACCACCACCCCAGCUGCCGGCCCCGUUGCAAGUCACCGUGGCUCCAAGGAGUGGGACCUGGAGUGCCUGGUGUGCCGGGAGCCCUAUGGCUGUGCCCGGUCACCCAAGCUGCUGGCCUGCCAGCACACCUUCUGUGCCAUCUGCUUAAAGCUCCUGCUGUGCGUGCAGGACAACACCUGGUCCAUCACCUGCCCACUGUGCCGCAAGGUCACUGCUGUCGCUGGGGGCCUCAUCUGCAGCCUUCGAGACCAAGAGGCACUGGUGGAGCGACUGGCCCAGCCACACCUGGAAGUGCAGCUCUGUCCUCAGGAGCUGGUGGAUCCUGCCACCUCCACGGUGGGGCACCCCAGCUCGGCAGGAGAAGACGAGCAGGAUGCAGAAAGUGCCAACCGAGCUGCAGCCCGACGCCUGGCCGUGCACCUGCUCCUGCUGGUCUUGCUCAUUGUCCUCAUCCUGCCCUUCAUCUACCCAGGCGUCAUCCGGUGGGUGCUUGCCUUCAUCAUCGCCCUGGCCCUGCUGAUGUCCACCCUCUUCUGUUGUCACCCCAGCCAGGGCAGCUGCUGGCCCUCCCCCAGGACUCUCUUUUGCAGAGAGCAGAAACCCAGCCAGAUCUCUUCCAUUGCCUGAGUCACGCUGACCAGGCAGCCCCUUUUGCCUCUUGGGCCCUUUUGUCCGCCAACAAAUAGGGUAAAGGGCUGUGAACUGAGACUGGCUCCCUCAGGAAAUCACAUGCCAGCUGGACUUGUAAGCCAGGAUGGCCAUCUUGGGUCAAGAACUUGUGCCUGGACAGUAGGCUUGCAGCUGCCCUUGGGAUAGCACAGCUAAACCACAGCAGGGUAGGGAAGGAGGCACAAACUUCCUGUUCCUCUCCUUCCAAUGCUCCCGGUUUUUCUUUACAUAACUUGAUGAAAGUUUUGCAGUAUUGACCCUGGUGCUCAACAAAUAGAACUGGGACUCCUUUUUAUUUUAUUUUAUUUUAUUUUUGGUUUGUUUUGCA